GUGAUAGAAAUAGUUGUAACAAAAUGGAAAAAUAAUUGGUGUUUACGCUUAGUACGGAUCAUUGGCGUAGAGGCGUUAAUUGACAUUGGUUACCUGAUUUUUUUACGAAAUUUCAGUUUAUUUUAGUGACGUUAUAUAUAGCAAAAGGUCCGAUUCAAAUUGAGAUGAUGCGCGCGCACUUAAUUUUCACGCUCCUACGGUCCGAAUUGUAUAGAUCCGCCACUAUAUUUUCAGAACCGUCCAUUACGAAAGAGUCCACCUUUAUUGGAUAAAGGACGAUGAAACGGAUAAUAUUAAAUUGUUUGUUAAGAAACGAAACGAAAACGAAUUAUACCGCGUGUAGAGCGUUUUUUAAAAAUUCUCAUAUACAUUCGUAUCAUUCCUUUAAUGAAAAUGCAGAUCUUACUCAAUAUAAUGAAGGAAAAAUUCCACAAAGACGGAAAUAUUCUUUUAUCCAUGACCCAAAUUAUUCGUUUUUAUCCUCAGAACAAGAUGAACCGGAAGGGGCUCUUUUUGAAAUGUUCAAAAAUCAAGAAACUGGGUUGUUAUCAAUGGGAAAAUUUUUAGCGGCUCUUAGAAAUACUGGUUUACGUAAAAAUGACCCGCGUUUGAAAGAAAUGAUGGACAAUAUCAAAAGGGCACAAAAAAGAUCAAACGCAGAGGGUGGCUCAAUUGACACUCAAAAACUCGAUCUUGAUACAUUCCGUAGUAUUGUAAGUCAAAAUAUAGGAUUAAUUACGCGAGCGUUUAGGCAUCAAUUUAUUAUUCCCGACUUCCAAACGUUUUCGAAAGAUAUCGAGGAAAUCUACUGGAAAUGUAAAGAUAAUCGAAACGGAAAGGUGGCAGAUUAUAUUCCGCAAUUAUCUCGGAUGAAUCCGAACCACUGGGGAGUUAGUAUAUGCACCAUCGAUGGACAACGAUUCUCAAUAGGAGACGUCAACGUACCUUUUACUCUCCAAUCUUGCAGCAAACCAUUAACAUAUGCUAUAGCUUUAGAUGAACUUGGGCAAGAUGUUGUUCAUAAUUACGUUGGACAAGAACCUAGUGGAAGAAAUUUUAAUGAAUUAAUUUUAGAUCAUAAUAAAAAACCACAUAAUCCCAUGAUAAACGCAGGAGCAAUUUUAGUAUGUGCAUUAUUAAAAACAUUAGUAAAACCUGAAAUGACAUUGGCGGAAAAAUUUGAUUUUACAAUGAAUUAUUUUGAACGAUUAGCUGGUGGUGAUGACUUAGGUUUUAAUAAUGCCGUGUUUCUUUCUGAAAGGGAAGCGGCUGAUAGAAAUUACGCUUUAGGGUUCUUUAUGAGAGAACAUAAAUGUUAUCCCGAGAAAACUAGUUUCCGGGAAUGUAUGGAUUUUUAUUUCCAAUGUUGUUCAAUGGAAGCUAAUUGCGAUAUUUUGUCGGUUAUGGCAGCUACUUUAGCGAAUGGUGGAAUAUGUCCUUUAACGGAAGAGAAAGUUUUAAACUCAGAAAGCGUUCGAGAUACUUUAUCGUUAAUGCAUAGUUGUGGGAUGUACGAUUAUUCUGGUCAAUUCGCUUUUAAAGUUGGUCUUCCAGCAAAAUCUGGAGUUUGUGGUGGCUUAAUUGUAGUUAUUCCCAACGUAAUGGGUAUUAGUACUUGGUCGCCGCCAUUAGAUGCCUUAGGAAACAGUUGCAAAGGAGUACAGUUUUGCGAAGAGUUGGUGAAAAAAUUUAAUUUCCAUCGGUACGAUAAUUUAAGACACGCAACCAAUAAAUCUGAUCCAAGGAGGCAUAAAUUUGAAACAAAAGGUUUAAAUAUAGUCAAUUUACUGUUUUGCGCCGCCAGUGGAGAUAUCACAGCUUUAAGACGCCAUAAAUUAUCCGGUAUGGAUAUGACGUUAUCCGAUUACGACGGAAGAACAGCUUUGCAUUUAGCAUCGGCUGAGGGACACGUAGAAUGUGUUGAUUUCUUAUUAAAAUAUUGCAACGUUAAAUACAAUGUUAAAGAUCGAUGGGGGAAGACCCCAACCGAUGAAGCUUUGGCGUUUGGGCAUAUGCAAGUAGUCGAAUUAAUUCAAAAUUGGGAAAACCAAGUUACAGAUGAUACCAAAAAAGAGGAGGAAAAGAAAGAUUGGGAAAAAGGCGAUGAUAGUACUCCAAUUCCACCUCACACAACCUAAAUGUACAAAAAUUUCCAUUUUUAUUCUUAUUGUAAUAGUAUAAUUUUUAAAACAAAUCUAAAUUCGCAGAGCUUCUUGUGAUCGUUUACACAUUUCGUUAUACAGGUGGUCUUUUUAACUUGAAAUAAGAAAUAAAAUUGACUUAUCUUAAAUUAAAAGGACUACUGCGUUGUGAUUUAUGCGUAUCAGUAUUAAAUUUCCAUUUUCUUUUGUUUAGUUAGCAAUAAUGUACUAAAUUUUAAUCAAUUAUGUCUAUUCUAAUGUGAAAUUAUCUCGGACAAUAAAUUUAAAUCUGUUGA